AAACUCACACUUGUUGCUCGCAUAUAUCUCUUGGUAUUAUAAGUAUACGAAAGCUAGGUGGCCUUGGGUGGUGACCACGUCGCGGGACCCGAUAUUUAUUUGACUUGUCUCUCGGCGGCAGUUGCUUUCCAGGGACCAACAUGAGAGGACUCGCAGCGAUAUUAGUUUCUGGUGCCCUGCUGGCAACCACGGCUCUUGCCAACGAUUUUCCGAAAGUCACUGCCGGCAGUCAAAAUUUUGGACGGGACCUUUAUCAACAAUUUUCCUCGGCUCAACGCAAUGUGGUGAUUUCACCCUUGAGCGCCUACCUGGCGCUUGCCGUGACCCGCCUUGGCACCAAAGGCCGAACCCAGCAGGAGCUCAACCAGGUACUCGGCCUUGACCUCAACAAUCUGCACGAGCAGGAGUUCAUCAGCUUGCAGCGAAAUUUUGCCACCCCGAAAGACUCCAGCAAAGUGGUUGUUGCGAAUAAGGUAUUCCUGAACAACAAAUUCCAAAUCCAGCCCAAGUUUGUCGAGGACGCCAGGAACGUCUUCCACACAACUGCUGACACACUCGACUUCAGCAGUCCUCGCACUGCAAACGAAAUCAUGAACAACUGGGUCAAAAAUAUCACCAGGAAUAAGAUCACAAGCAUCAUGGACAGAGAUACUGUAAAUGAUGAUACAAAAGUGGUGGUCGUCAACGUCAUGUACUUCCGAGGCCCUUGGAAUUACAAAUUUUACAGCCCUUCAGAGCCAAGACCUUUUUAUUUGGACGAAACAAACACUGUCAGUGCACAAUUUAUGUCCAAAGAGGAUUAUUACGGAUUUGUCGAUUUGAAGGGUCUUGACGCUCAACUCAUUGAACUCCCAUACAGGGAUAAUGAUUAUAGCUUCGUCAUAAUAUCUCCCAAGUCUAGAAUCGGACUGUCCUUGCUCGAAAGCAGAAUUUCUGGUUUGAACGUCGCCGAUUUGGUUUCUAAAGUUGCCCAAGUGGAAAUCACCCUGCACCUGCCUAAAUUCCAAAUUGACACAAGCAUGAGCUUGAAUCAACCGCUUUCAAACAUGGGAAUUAAGAGCAUUUUCUCAGACAACGCAGAUUUGACAGGUCUUUCAGCCGGAGAAAGACUGAAGGUGUCCGAAGUUUUCCAGAAAAACUAUUUUGAGAUUAACGAAAAUGGAACGGAAGCUGCCGCCUCAACCAGUAUUCGCGUCAUCGCCAUUUCAGCAAAAUUGACUGAAACAUCAUCACCUUAGAUCAUCCUUUCCUCUUUUACCUGAUGCACAAGAGGAGUCUCACCCUCUUCCAGGGUAAACUUUUGGAUCCAAGAUAUUAAAAAAUUGUAAAAAUAUAAAAGAAUAAAAUAUUUUUGCAUUGAAAAGUCUACAGAUCUAGAUUUUUUUUUAAAUAAAAUCAAAUAUUGAUAUUGGAAA